AUGGCGAACGGGCAGUUGCAGGGAGACGAGAAGUCAAGCUUCAGCGCACAGGAAAAAGACUUGAUAGCCGAGUAUGAUAGUCGACUGUUUGGAUUUCUUAACCUGAACGGCGAUGAUGGAACAGAGAAAAGAGCGCUCAUUGAGAAGGGAAUCGCUUUCUACGAAGAACAGGUGAAAGAGAAAAAAGACUGUGAAGAUGUUGAAGCACGAGUGUACUGUCAUUUGGGACAUCUUCAUCUUUUACUGGAAGACUAUGCAAAAUCCUUAUCAGGCUAUCAAAAAUUUUUUAGUAAACAGGAAGACCAUUGGAAGGAUUAA